GCUGGCGGGCCGGGCGAGGGGUGGAGUAUGGUGGCCGGGCUCCACCUCUGCCCGUGCUCCACCCGCCCACCCUUUUCUCUCUGGCUCAGUCAGUCUGAGUUCGGCCUGCUGGGAGGAGGACGCGGAGCGGAGGUGAGGAGGGGCGAAGGACGGACCCUUGCCGGCUGUACCAUUUGACUAUGUGGGCAGCUUGCUGCAGCUGGUCAUGCCUCAAUGGACUACCAGAAGAGAUGCAGGCCCACCCUCAGCAGGGGACUCGCACGCAGGCCUACUCCAACGCCGGCUACAGUUCCUUCCCUUCUCCCACAGGUUCUGAGCAGAGCUGUAAGGCUUGUGGGGUGCACUUCAACAACUCCUCCCUGAAGCACAUCUGCUUGGACUGUAAAAAGAAUUUCUGCCCAGACUGUUCGCAUCAGCCCGAAAGUGGCCCCUGCCUUUGCCUCCUCUGCGAGCGGUUCCGCGCCACGAACUUCCAGCGGGAGGAGCUGAUCAAGAUGAAGGUGAAGGACUUGCGGGACUACCUGGAGCUCCGGGAGAUCCCCACAGAGAUGUGUCGCGAGAAGGACGAGCUGGUGUUUCUGAUCAUCGGCCAGCAGCCCCCCGUCCCCCAAGGGGACAGGACUACUUGGGCCACGCUGUUUACGGUGGACUCCACUGUGCCGCAGCCGGACUUUGAGGCUGUGCCGCAAACCAGGUUGCCAGACCCUACCUCAAUGGAUGUCUCUCCAGCGUUGGACUCGCCAGAUCUGUCCUUGGAGUCAGAGGAGGCCCCCCAGGCAAAUGGGCAUGUGCCACCAAGCCAAGACGACAUGGCGGAAGUCGAGAAUGCAGUCGAAGCACUGACUGAGGAGGAGACGCAGUCCACCGACUCGGAGGAUACCUUGGUUUUGGGACGCAGGGCCUCGCUCUCGGACCUGACGAGCGUGCAGGACAUUGACGCCCUCUCAGUGCGGCAGCUGAAGGAAAUCCUCGCUCGCAACUUUGUGAAUUAUAAGGGCUGUUGUGAGAAGUGGGAGCUGUUGGAGAGGGUGACCCGCCUGUACAAAGAGAAGGACCUUCAGCAGCUGGUUUCUGACACAGAGGAUCAAAACGCUACAUCCAGUAACGCCACGCUCCCCGGCUCGGAAGAGAACCUCUGCAAGGUCUGCAUGGACUCGGUCAUCGACUGCGUCCUCCUGGAGUGCGGUCAUAUGGUCACCUGCACGAAAUGCGGGAAGCGGAUGAACGAGUGCCCCAUUUGCCGGCAGUACGUGAUCAGGGCCGUCCACGUCUUCAGGUCUUAAGGGGUGCUGGCUGCAGGACCGGCAAUUGUCUUGGAAUGCUUCUUCACUGCGAUGGAGGGAGCGUCGGCUUGCGAACACCCCGCCUCUGAUAUCCCUAAGAAGCUCAUAGGUGAGAGGCGAACAGCAGGACCGCAGGCCCUCGAGUUUCUUUUUUGGUGCGCAACCAGUGUGUGAAACACCACAGUGCCUGGAGAGCUGGAAGUCCUUAGUAGACACUCAAACACGACCCCCCAGUCUCCCCUUUUGACAUGUGAAGAUCUUGGCGAGAACCAGAGAGAACUGAGGCUUUUCCCCUCUCUCCGAUGACUAAACCAGGUGGCCUAAGAAAGUCAGCACAUGAGAGCGGAGACAGGGUUUGCUGCUACCAAUUCUCCUCCUUCCUCUGUCUAUAAAAUAUUCUGCUUCAGGUCAUGCCUUUCUGUGUUGGGCUUUAAAAGUGUAUUUCAGGGGCUCAUUCCUUUUCUGUUUUUUUUUUAAAAUGUGCAAAACUCCUUUUUGGUUCUUUUAUCUGCCUUACAGAUCACACUGUAGGGUUACCCCUUCGGUGGGUUUGGAGUUCUUGUAUAGAUCAGGUUUAAAGGUUAUCAGGAGGAUGCCCAUGAAGGAACACCCACUGUGGCACCCCGUGGUGGGGAUUUGCAACUGUGAAGGACUUGGGAGAAAUGUUUGUUUGCGUGUCUGGGUGCUUAACAUAGGCUCCUUGGGUCUACCUCCUGGUUUAGGUUUUUUUUAAAAAAUGUUUUGAUGACUGUUAAUUUUGUGAGCAAGUGCUUUGGGUUUCCGGGAGUUGCAAAUGAUGUUAGACUUGAUUAAAUGUGCAAAGUUCCCCAUGCAAGGAGAAUCCCAUGGUCUGAGCCAGAUCUCACUUGUGCAGUUCGUGUGGGUGGGGGAAUGAAGUCAGAAUAACUCUCAACUUCCCCCAAAGCCAUUGUUGUGAUAGUGAAAUCCUGCACUGUAAUCAGCCCUCUGCCAUGGUGGCCUUUGCCGUUCAGUUAUGGUUUCGGUCUCCGGUAGCUCAGCACCAUUUCCUUAGCCUGGGAUUUCACAGAUUCCUUGACUCCACUGCAGGCCAAAGACAGUCCAAGCUUCCUUAAGCUCCAAAGCUUCGUUUUGCCUUAAAAAUGCCACGUUUGGCUUCUGAAGAUGCCUUUUGUGAAGGGAAACCUGUCAAGCCAGUUCAUGGAGUUCUGGCAGAAGUUGCAUGCAGGUGGUUAGAUAUGACUUUGCCAAAGGCUGUGUGUGUGUGUGUGUGUGUGAGGAAUGAUUUCUGGAGGGGGGGGGGAAUGUUUGUCCAACCAGCUUCUGCUGCCUCUUCUAAUUUCGUGUGCCUUUUAGCAGUUGCUGGGUUUUCUCACCCACCCAUUCACAGUCCCACUCUUUCAGGAAUUCAGAAAACUCUGCUUAAAGACGAUGACGUCCAUCCCUAUGCCCUAAGAACAAAAGACCCAUUUCCUUGCCAAUUGCUGUGGACUCGCUGUGCGGAAACUUUUGUCAGAGAUCAAGGGUGACUUGGAAGUGGCUGGGGUGGGUAACUUGGUGAUGUUUCUGCCAUCCGCUUUCAGACAUAUAUUUAUUUUCAAAGGCCACUGGUCUUUUUUUCUCCCCCCCCACCCCUCCUUUCCAAAGUCUGCAGAGGCCUUACAAAAAUAUUAUUCAUUUUAGCACCAGCAGCUCAGGUUCUGUUGGCUGUCUUGGUGUACUCUACCUCAAGGUAGAUGGGCUGACAUUGAAGGCAGAGGCUGCAGUUUGGAGUUGGUAUCAACCCCUUCCCCACAAGACAUUAGAGUUAUCUUUAGAAAACCCCUUUCAGAAAUGUACAAAUGCUGUUCUUUCUGGAGAUCUAGCAGCCAUGUUGCACCCCUGAGGCUUCUGCCUGCCUUAGCCGACCCAGAAGGGAAUAUAGACCUUUUCCAUCCUUCAUUCAAGAUAGCCUUCAAGUGGCAAGGGUUACUAGGACUUUGCUCUUAGGUGCUCCAGUAAGCUUUGCAAAGUUUUUUUUUUAAAAAAACUGUGUAACCAGCUAGAUGUUUCUGGUACAGAAUGAUUCAAAACCAAAGAUGAUAAUGAAACAGGCUGCUGCCCUAAUUGCUCAAGUAAAGGAAAGGUUGGUUUUUUUUUUUUUUAAUCAAGCAAUACUGCUUGUUGCCUCCUAAAAAGUUGUUUGUGUUGCUGAUAUAAGAAAACAGACAAACCUGUUACAAGAAAUACCACUGUGACUCAAUUUGAAAUUCCAGUUUCAUGGCUAGAGUCGGAAGCCUUGUUGAAAACCAUGGCUCCUGGAUUCUCAGCUCUUCCCCCACCCCUGGGAACAGCUUUUUGCAAGGUAUGAUUUCUUCCCCUCUUUAAUACCAGGCACCUAACAGUUAACUGCACUGGAAAGGGUAUGAGCAAGAGAGGUGUUCAUAUGAUACACAGCAGGGAAGUUACCACCCAGGGCAUGACCCACCAUGCCCUUUGAGUACCAUCCCCAUUUAGCCAAGUUCAUCUCAAACUGCAGCUUGAGAAAUGAUUAAAAUCUAUCCAAGGUGCAGGGGUCAGUGGCUUUCCAUCACGAACUGGAGAAAAGUUAUUGGUGCAGACUGAUGCACUGUCAUUCAAGUAGGCUAUUAUAUGGGCUUGUGAGAGUCAGUUUGGUGUAGUAGUAAAGAGUGGCGGCCUCUAAUGUGGAGAACUAGGGUUGAGUCCUCACUCCGCAUGCAGCCAGCUGGGUGACCUUAUGUCAGUCAGUUCUCUCAUCCCCACCUACCUUACAGGGUGUCUGUUGUGGGGGAAGGAGAUUGGAAGCCACUCUGAAUGAAGGGCAGGGUAUAAAUUGAACUCUUUCUAUGACCAAAUGGAGCUAGCUAAACUAGUUCAGCGGCUAUGUUUUUGAAAGGAAUGCUGAGAAAUGAUUCUCCAACAGCAGCCAGUUUCCCACUGUCAGUUUAUAUUUCUCUGGUUACAUAAUCUAUACUCUGUUCCCCCACCCCCUUUACAAAGUUGAGUAGUCUGGCAAAAAGUCGAUGUUUCUAUCUAGAGAGUUUGGAUGGUGGGGUUGGUGAAAGGAAGCUGCUGGAGGAUACAUUUCUUGAAAAUAUUUUGUAUUAAUGCCUGACCUGCUUGAAAAUAAAUGUCUUCUGGGGAGAAACAGUGUGGUUUGAAAAGGCUAACUCUGAUAGAGCGUUGUGCUUUAUAAUUUUGUAAUAAAAUGGAAAUGUUAA